GCCGCCUCCGCACCAUUGGUUGCUCUGCGUCUCCAAAAGGGGCCCUUUCACUUCUCACUGAGUCAGUCUGGUGCUCGGUCGUGGAGCUCCCCACAAGUCUCGCUGAUCCCUGAACUGGAUCCCCGUUUCCCAGAGUUGCGAGCAAGUUUCCCUUCUCCCUGGCGCUGCCCUGGCUCGGGGACCCAGUCAGCUGCAGGCAGCUGAACUCCGGGCCACACCAGCCGUGUCUCCGCUGCGCGCGCUCGUAAGUCGCUCACUCUUGGUACACGCUGGGGGUCCCUGAGCUUGACUCUGAGGGCGAGAUGCCCCUGGGACACAUCAUGAGGCUGGAUCUGGAGAAAAUCGCCCUGGAGUACAUAGUGCCCUGUCUGCACGAGGUCGGCUUCUGUUACCUGGAUAACUUCCUGGGCGAGGUAGUGGGCGACUGCGUCCUGGAGCGCGUCAAGCAGCUGCACAGCAACGGAGUCCUGCGGGAUGGCCAGCUGGCCGGGCCGCGCGCGGGAGUCUCCAAGCGGCACCUGCGGGGAGACCAGAUCACGUGGAUCGGGGGCAACGAGGAGGGCUGUGAGGCCAUCAGCUUUCUCUUGUCCCUCAUCGACAGGCUGGUCCUGUACUGCGGGAGCCGGCUGGGCAAAUACUACGUCAAGGAGAGGUCCAAGGCAAUGGUGGCUUGCUACCCAGGAAAUGGAACAGGUUACGUUCGACAUGUAGACAACCCCAAUGGUGACGGCCGCUGCAUCACCUGCAUCUACUAUCUCAACAAGAAUUGGGAUUCCAAGCUACACGGUGGCAUCCUGCGGAUAUUUCCAGAAGGGAAAUCGUUUGUAGCAGAUGUGGAGCCCAUUUUUGACAGACUCUUGUUCUUCUGGUCAGACCGCAGGAACCCUCAUGAAGUCCAGCCUUCCUAUGCAACCAGAUAUGCUAUGACUGUCUGGUACUUUGAUGCUGAUGAAAGGGCAGAAGCCAAAAGGAAAUUCAGGAAUUUAACUAGGAAAACAGAAUCUGCCCUCACUGAAGACUGACUGUGCUCCAAAUUCCGCUGGCCUCGUUCAUUGAUACAAUAGUUCCUGAAUUCUCUUCCAGAGUUGAGAUCCAAAGAAGCCCUUUUCAGUGAAUUGGUGACCAGCAAACCCCCUACUGCUUGCAUCAUUCACAUCCCUAUCUUGCAAAUGGUACUUGGUGUUUUCUUGCCAAGACUGUAUCCACCUUCGGACACUCUCUUUGCCAGAUGAACUCAUUAUUCAACUCUGAAAAUAUCUGCAGAAGACCUCUGUGGCCAGCGGUUUAAUUGAUAGAUUUGGUAAUACCAUCUAUCAAAAUGAGAGCCCAGAAACACGGGUGAGGGAGUAAAUCUGAUUUGCACUUUAUGUACACUUCCCAAUUUGAAAGGAGGAGGCUUGCAAAGAAAAAAAUGGUGACAGAUGCCACAAAGAGGCAUCACUGAAGCCUUAAUAGCAGGAAACAGGAAUUUGUGUCAUCUGAACAAUUUCUAGAUGUUUUUAAUCCAAGGGCUGUUGGGGUUUCUGAAGAAUUAUCACAACCUAAUGACAUUAUUACCUCUGGACAGGGCUGCUGUCAUAGUCAAGCAUUUAUCAGUGUCCUCUGGGUAGACACUCCUUAUUCCUGACCCUACAACCUGGACUUCUUGCCUCUGCCCUAUUUUACUGAACAUGUGACUUUCUAAUAAAAAAUGACAUCAUUUAUUUUCUAUUCUCACUUUUACUUGGAGAGCCUAACUCUUCAGGGCAAAAACUAGACAUUAAUUGUUUGGUUGCUUUGUUGAAAUGAAAUUUGAAUUUAAAGCAAUGGGAAAAAUAUUUACCUGGUAGUUUAGAGAUGGCAACCUCUGAUGCUGGUGUUGAAAGACCUGGGUCUACCAAUAUACGACAAAUGUGUGUGCAUCUUGAACAAUUUGAGAGUGAGGUAGAGUUGCAAAUGUGGACAUUUUCAUUUUUCAGUGUUUCUUUUUAAGGAGCUCACCCUUCUUUAAUAGAAUAAGACAAUAUUUAAAAAGUAGGGUGCUAUUAAAAGUGGAAAUGGAAAUAAAACAAAAAAUUCUGAAAAACUUUGAAUUCUUCACAUCUUCUGUCCCGAGUUGCUUGUCUCAACAGACUUGAGUCUGCAGAUCCACUGUGGUUGGCAGUGCGGCCAGACCGCAGGGGUCUGCUAGGACCGAGGAGGGUUCUGCCAGGGCGGCGGGCACAGGUUCCUCAGGAACUCUGUGUCCAGUGCCUGCUCUGUGAAAGUUACUCUUCCUAGUUUCCAAUUCCAUUUUCCUAUUUUGAAAAUCUCUUAUUACUUGUGUGAAAAUCCCAUGAACUUUAAAGAGCCAGGACUAUUUCCUUUGGUCAUUUACAGAUAUAGAGACUUUGCAAGAAAGAACCUUAUUUUUUCCUUUUCUGGUUUUAGAAAAUUUCCAGCUAAGACGUAUCUUCAUUCUCAUAACUGCUGUCUCUCUCUCUCUUUUUCAUACUACUCAUCACCUAACUUACUGUGUAACUUUCUUAUUUAUUGUGUUUAUUUUCUUGUAUCCUUCCUAAGCACAAAGGUAACAGGAAUGUAUUCCCAGCAUCUAAAAUAGUACCUGGAACACAGCAAGGGCUCAGUAAAUACUUUUGAAUAAACUCAUUCUCCUACCUUAGCA